AUGGCGACUGAACUAAAAAAGACCGGAGGAUCAAGUUCCCUCCGGCAGUUUGCCAUGUUCAUGGCUGGGUUCUCACUUUUACAGCCUCUACGUGUUGCAGUUACCGCGGGAAGCUUUUCGGUAAGUAGGUUUGGAGUUCCAUAUGAGAAAAUUGGCGUAUUUAUAAAUGUCAUUCACAACUCUAUGGAGACAGCUGGCGAUUUCGGAUUAUUUAUCAUGUCUUUUUACGUCCUUUUUGGUAUAGGCAAAAAGUGGAUUAAGGAGAGCACUUUGUCAAUACUUUCAAUUUGGUCUCUCUUUGUUGUAAAUGUCCUGCUUCUCAUCGCUUAUACGUCUGGAGGUGAACAAGGCUGUUUGACAUUUUAUUACUGGACACUUGUCAUGGCUUCCCUAGGGUUUGGUCUAGAUGAAUCUAUAUCUCUCACUGUUGGGGUUACAGAUGUGGCCUACUUUGGUCUUGGUAUGCCCCUAUCUGGUAUAAUGGUUUGUCUAUACCAUGUAGCCUACCUGUACCUGGCCAAAACGUUUCACUGGUCCAAUAUUGACUACUGGAUUGUUGUAUGGCAAAUUAUCAUUGCAGUCACCAUUGCCGGAACAGCUGCAACUACGUGGACUUUGGCAUAUCAUGGUGAACAGGUUUCAGGAAAAGAUACAUGUACUGAAGGGGGCUUAGCUAAAAGAAUGGAACCUGUGAAAUCUCAUUUCUUCAUGUGUAUUGUUGGAAUGAGUUGUAUUUAUGCCUUUUAUCCUGCCAUUGCACCUUACCAAUUCGUGAGUCCGCAGAUUGGUCACAAGGUUGAUCUUGUCGUUUUAUUCGUGAGCACAUUAUCUCCUCUUGCAAUUGCAGGUUUGUGUCAAGCAGGUGUUGGUCCAGAUCAAAAAUGGGCUACCAAGGAUGGUAAAAAUUUUGCAUGGUGGCAUGCAACAUGGAUUUUUGCGUUGCCAUAUUUUACAAUCAUUUCUAUAUGCCUGAUAGCAAUGCACUAUCCAGGUUGUAGACUCUCCAGGGGGAUAUACGGCAAGAUGGCGAUGGUUACAUUGAUUACUGUGAGCUUUAAGUUUUGUGAGGAGACGCUAAGGGGAGUUUCUGCCAGCGGUGUUGGAAUGCAAGGCGAGUGUAAAGACGGAGAAGGGGACGGACAACUCUCAGCUCUAAAUGCACUAAUGGCUCAAUUCACCAUGGAUGUUUUUUCAUACAUUGGGACUGGGUAUAUAAAACUAUACCAGAAAUAUGAGCAUGACAGAGACAAUUGGCCUACCAAACACUAUGGGUUCUGGAAGUCCUUAGGAUAUUGGAUUGGUAACUCUAUAAAGGGUGGAGUAAAAUGUAUUGGGGAAUCUUUCAGUACGGAUAUAAGGUCUAAUCUUAUAAAGAACCAAGAGUUUCUCUAUAUUGUGUAUACUGAUGACACUGAUAAUAGUAGCCAACCUCCAAAGGCGAAGAAUCCUACAGUAAUGAAGAUAGUUCACGGUAUAUAG